UGAGAAAAGUGAAAACCCUAUUUUAACUCGAAAACAAGAAAAUACUAUGGCCUCCUCCUCAUUCUCAAUGCAAAUUACCCUUCUACUUAGCUUUCUGUCCGUGUUUACCAAUUGUUUGUCGGCUAGAGCUGGUGAUCCUGAUAUCUCAUCGGAUUUCUUGAUCCCUCCAGAUCUAACUGAGAGUGAUAUAGACGGAAGUUUCUUUACUUACUCCGGCCUUCACCGGGUGAUCGGUACAUCGGUUUCCAAAUUCACAUUAACCAGAGUUAGCAAAACAGAGUUCCCUGCUCUGGAUGGGCAGAGUGUUUCCAUGUCGGUCCUCCAGUUUCCGGCUGGUGGAGUAAACCCGCCACAUAUCCAUCCUCGCGCGGCCGAGCUCUUAUUCGUCAUUAGAAGCAGUCUUGAGGUUGGUUUUGUGGACACAACAAACAAACUCUACACACAAACGCUAUUAGCCAAUGAGCUGUUUGUGUUCCCAAAAGGAAUGGUGCAUUAUCAGUACAAUUCCAAUCCUUACUCUGCAGCCACCGCGAUUUCUGCCUUUGGUAGUGCAAAUGCUGGCACGGCGUCGAUUCCCGCAUCUUUGUUUUCCUCAAACAUUGAGGAUCCUAUUCUCGCUAGGUCGUUCAGGACUGAUGUUGUCACUAUUCAGAGAAUUAAGGCAGGUCUUGCUAACCAAGCUUAGCUAUAGAAUAUGUUUUUCUUUUUUUUUCCCGAAUAAAUUUCGUUAUAAUAUCUUUUGGAUGAUCAAUAAUGUAACAGAGAGACAUUGUUGACAAAACAGAAUUUAUUUAUCUUAUUCAAUGAUACAAAUGUUU